AUGGGCACGGCCUCUGCUCCCGUAUUAGCCAACAUCUACGCUGGAUACUACGAACGUAAACAAAGGAUCCCUUGGAAACAAGGAGUAUUGAAAUACAUGCGGUAUAUCGAUGAUAUACUUAUGAUCUUUUGUGGAACUGAAAAAGAGUUGACAGAAUUCAUUGCGGAAUUCAAGUUAGGUCUACUUACUGUUAACUGGGCUUAUUUAAAGGUGAAGAUGGAGUUCCUUGAUGUAGAAAUCAUGAGAACGAGAGACCUGACGGGAGUUAAAUUAACCACCCGCCUCUUUAAAAAACCAAUAAAUAAGCACUUGUAUAUCCUAUGGUCGUCAGCUUAUCCUCCAUAUGUGAAGAAGGCCUUCGUUAAGGCAGAGCUUAUACGAUUUGCUAUAGUUAGCUCAGAAGUCGGGUAUUUUGCAGAUGCUCGCUCACAGUUUUAUGGUAAUCUUCGAAGGAGAGGGUAUUCUUCUGAAGUAUUGGAUAACUGGUUUUGUCAAGUGUCCUACGAACAACGGCCCCUAUACUUUGCUCCCAAGGAAAAGAGUGAGAAAUAG